AUUCAAACACCUGCCUACUGGCCACAGUGCUACAUGCACCCUUCCCUGCCUGCUUCUUCAGAGGUGCCAUGGGAGAGAGACCAUUCUCAGGCAUCAUUGAUGGAAAUCCUCUAUGAAUGUGGAAGCCAUUAACAGAGUAAUUGCUGUCUGUUGCCAUGACAACCAGCCACAGCAGUCACCUGCCCGAAGUCUUGCCAGACUGCACCAGCUCAGCCGCGCCUGUGACUGGGGAGGAUUGGGGCAGGGGAGUGAAUGGGCAGCCACAGUAUGUCAUGCAAGUUUCAGCCAAGGACGGGCAGCUGCUGUCAACAGUAGUGCGGACUCUUGCCACCCAGAGCCCCUUCAAUGACCGGCCAAUGUGCAGGAUCUGCCAUGAGGGCAGCAGCCAAGAGGAUUUGCUCUCUCCAUGUGAAUGUACUGGGACCUUGGGGACAAUCCAUCGGAGCUGCCUGGAGCAUUGGCUGUCAUCCUCAAAUACCAGCUACUGUGAACUCUGCCACUUCAGGUUUGCAGUGGAGCGCAAACCCAGGCCGUUAGUGGAGUGGCUCAGAAACCCUGGCCCCCAGCAUGAGAAGCGAACUCUGUUUGGAGACAUGGUGUGCUUCUUGUUUAUAACGCCCCUGGCUACCAUCUCAGGCUGGCUGUGCCUGCGGGGCGCCGUGGACCACCUGCACUUUAGUAGUCGGCUGGAGGCCGUUGGACUGAUUGCACUCACUGUGGCACUCUUCACUAUUUACCUCUUCUGGACACUAGUGAGUAUGGUGUCAUUUAGGUACCACUGCCGAUUAUACAAUGAAUGGCGUCGGACCAAUCAGAGGGUGAUUCUCCUCAUUCCAAAGUCUGUCAAUGUACCUUCCCAUCAACAGUCCUUGCUGGGGCUCCACUCAGUCAAGAGGAACUCAAAGGAGACCAUUGUUUGAUGUCCGUGUGGUCAAUGGGUAGACCCAUCGUGGGGGUUUGGAAGUUUCUGCACUUGGGCCCUGCGGUGAGCCACCACCCCAAAGCCCUUUCCUUAGUCUUGUGGGUCUAAGACCAUCUGGAGCCAUGUUACCACAUCGCCUGAGUCAUGAACUCGGCCAGAAGGAAGCAAAAUGCUGUUUGACUUCAAAAUCAUGGAUGCUGCACUCAUACAAUUUUCCCUAAGCUGCCAAACAUGUCUAUUUAGCAGAUACUGUAUGGGAUUUCCUGAACACCUCUUUAACACAUGAGGAAGGCUGUCCUGCUGAGGAUGCAAUUCAAUUCUUCCUUUUUUAUUACUAUUU